UGGCUUUUGUUUAAUUUUGAAGACGCGGGUGGACCUGAUGCCCAAAUUGGCCAUUCGGCCGUUGUGACGGUUGGGAUUCGUUUGAACAGGUCGUUGGCACACCGCAAAGCGACUUUGCGUCCGUUCCACCGGGACAUACAGACAUCUUCAGAGUGGAAAGGUGGGAUUUACGAGAAUCCACCAAAGCGUACCAAUCAAGAACAUGCUCCGGACGAACUUUGA